AUGAGCCUCUGCUCCAAGAAGCAGCAGCAGCCGCCGAAGAUGCUCUCUGCGCGGAGAAAACUGAAGCUUGUGUGCGAGCGGUACGGCCUGGACUAUGCGGAUCUGGCGCAGCACUCGGAUGUCCUUGGCCUGGACAUUCAGGGCAUAGAGCGCGACUGCCAGCGAAUCCACGAGAUGCUGGAUGAGCUGUACAACAACAAAGGCUGGACGGUGUCACACGAGUCGGAGGUGAAAGUCACCUACCGGCACAUCAAAGGCGAGCCCUAUCACAGUGUGAGGCUGGAGGCUGUGUUGGAGGCACCGAUAGAGCAUGUGCUGGCUCUGGCGGCUGAGUAUGACCUGACCAAGAUGUGGAACAGCUUCAUGAAGGCCAGCGACAUCCUGUACGCCGAGUUGCCGUUCUUGACAUGCAUUUAUGGCAGCCUCUGGACGCCCGUCGUGACAUUCGAUGCCUGUGUCAAGGCAGAGGGAUACGACCUUGGAGAGGAGGACAGGAGUCUCUUAAUAAGCCUGACUAAUAUGACUGAGGAGGAAAUCGCCAGAAUAGGCGUCCUGCCGGACGGCCACGAACGCCGUCGUCGUGCGAUCAUCGGCACCGGCAGCUGCUUCCGUGUCGAGGCGUUGCCUCCCACUGCAGGCACGCCUACCACGUUACUUUUCAACGGCCGGCCUCGCACAAGGGGAAUGGUGAUGGGUCAUCUCAACCCGCGGCUGCCCUAUGUGCCGGCCUUCCUCGUCAACUUCGUGCUCAAGGUGGCCUCACCUGUCAUCUUCAAGAUGAUGAAGAAGGCUGUGGCAGAGCUAUUCCAGGAUCCCAGCGGCCUCUUCUGCCAGAGGAUGAAGGCAAAGCCAGAGGUGUACGCUGCCACGCAAGCUCGCACAAAAGCCCUGAUGAAGAAGUUUUAUGGCGUGGAUGACUACGCACCUGCACUGACUCGCAGCUCACCAGCUGGCAAGCUUACUAGUGGUGAAAAGGACUAA